AUGGCCUCCGGCUCGGUCUGCCGCAACUACCUCGUCACGGUGACCUGCGCCUUCACGUCGCUCUACUUCCUGCGCCAGCAGCCGCUGCUGUCGCGGACGCUCGCCGUCGAGGGCGGCCUGCUCGACUGCGGGUCCUGCGCCGCCGAGGCGCGCGAGCGGGCCGUGCGGCGCGCGUUCGCCGCCGCGGACGCGCGCGCCGCGCGGGACGCGCUGGCCCGGCUCUGGCGCCACGGCGGCGGCCUCGGGGCGCCGGCCCUGCGCGCGCUCCGGGGCGGGCGCCGGCGCAAGCGGCGCCGCGCGGCGGCCGCGGCCGCGGCCGCGGACGCCGCGCGCGCGGCGGCCGUCGCGGGCCGGCGCGCCGAGCUCGCGCGGCUCGUCGCGCGCCGCGGCGCCGCGGGCGACGCGGCGACCGAGAUCUGGCGCAACGCGCGGGGCGGCGGCGGCGCGGGCGGCGGCAACGCCACGGACGUCGACGCGUGGGCCGCGGAGGCGCUCGAGGGCGGCGGCGCGCUCGACCUCUUGGGCGACAUGGUCUGCUUCGGCUCCGAGGCCGACGUCGCCGCGGCGGCGGAGCUCGUCUACUACGUGCCCUACGGCCUCUUCCUCGCCGUGCUCGACGACCCGGGCCGGCCCCUGAGCUGGAGCCGGGCCCAGGCCGGCUGGGCCCUGCUGCGGGUCCUCGACCGCGACGCGCCGCCGGCGCCGGAGUCGCUCGACGUGCGGCGGGCGAUGGCCCUGCGCCUCGAGGAUCUCGCGGACGCGGCGGCGUCGCGGUCGCCGGGGGCGUUGCCCGCGCUCCACCUCCUGUCCUACAUGGCGGCCGACGGCGCGCCGGGGCCGCCGAGCGCCGCCGCGGCGCGCGUCGCGGCGCGCCUCGGCGGCGGCGGCGGUCUAGGCGACGGCGCGCUCGGCGCGGCGCUGUACGCGGCGCCGGAGCCCGGCUGGUCCAAGCGCGACGAGGAGCGCGUCUACGCUUUGAACGCGGCGGCGCACCUCGCCUGGGUCCUCGCGCACCGGCUCCACGGCGACUUGGACGGCGCGCCGGAGGUUUCUCGCCGCGCGGACGCGAUCCUCGGGGGCGUCGCGGCGUCCGCGUCGAAGCCGCUCGCCGCGCUGUCGACGGCGCGCGGCCGCGACGUCUUCCGCGCGCGUGAGCGCGCGCUCCUCGCGGCGCCGAAGCCGGCGCCGGGCGAGCCGAGCCUCGACGGCUACGACUUCGAGGUCGCGACGACGCGGUUCGCGAGCUACGCUUUACGCAUCCUCGCGCGCGCGGACGCCGCGCGGCCGUCCGUCGCCGAGGCGCUGGGCCUCGACAACGGCGCCAACGUCGCCGACGUCGACGAGGCGCUGACCGUGGCGACGGCGAGCGACGUGUCCCAGUUCCUCGACGACGUCGCCGCGGUGCUCGGCCGGCCGCUUCCCCGGUCGAUCAAGCGGACGGCGACGCUGGCGCUGGCGCUCUCCCGCGUCGCCUGGCACCACGUGGCCUACUCGGCGCCCAACGUCUACGGCCUGCUCUCCGUCGAGCUGCUGGCCAACGGCCUCGUCUCCGAGCGGUGGCUCCGCCGCGUCGCGCCCUGUGCCGAAAUCAACCACCGGUUUGGGUGGUCCUGA